AUGGGUGAUUUUAAUGCUGAUUUUGGCAAGAACAUUGGAACAAGGGGGGCAGGGUCAAUCUCGGCUAAUGGUGUAAACCUGUUAAAUAUGUGUAAACGCUCUAACUUAACGCCAGUUGACAUGCUCCCUAUGUGUCAAGGUCCAGAUUACACCUUCUUUUGGGACUACACGGGUCAGUCUUAUAUUGAUCAUUGCAUUUUGAGUGAACGACUAGUUAGUAAAUGUGACUGUAUAAUGGUUCUUGAGAAUGAUCCUCUGAACUUCUCUGAUCACUUACCAAUUAAAGUUAAACUCCUACUUCAAGAAGGAAUUAUUCCUAAGAACCAACAAACAAGUCAUUCCACAAGAAUUGCAUGGAAAAAAGUCUCUGAGGGGAAUUUAAGAGAUUAUACAGAGGAAUUAGAAUCAUUAAUAAAUCAGUAUCUUAACCCUUUGAUGUCUAGUCUUGAUGAACAUACCUCAAAUAAUGCAUUAUUAGAGGAAUGUUUUGACAUGUUUACUCAAAUUAUACACUAUGCAGCAAACAAACAUCUACCUAAAUCUAAAUAUUGCAGACAUUUAAAGCCUUAUUGGUCUCCUAUUCUGAAAGAACUAGUCAAGUGUAAAAAUAAUUCCUGGAAUGAAUGGGUUAAACAUGAUAAACCCAGGAGUAGAGGUAAUAUGAUUUGGGAUAAUUAUAAAAAUGCAAAAAGGUCUUUCAGACGUGAGUUUAGAAAAGCUCAACAGGUUUAUGAAAACGAAUGUCAAUUGGAAAUAGAUAAAUUAGAAGAAUUAUCACUUAACCAGUUCUGGUAUCUUGUUAAAAAGAGAAAACCGAGGGUUAAUAGUAUCCCAGCAAUAAAGUCUGAUGAUGGCACUAUAGUUACUGAUGUACUGGAGGUCACAAAUGAGUGGAGGACUUAUUUUAAAGAUCUAAUGUCCGCUCAUGGUAAUCAUGAUAAUUUAUAUGACCGACAGUUUUUUGACAUG